CAGAGCCUGAAACGCUGCACAUUGCAUGGAAGAUAUGUUACGUUGAUUUGGGAUUUGUUUGAAAGGAAUAUUAUCUUGAAAUGCAUCAGCAAGACUAAGCUGAAAUGACCACAGUAGCCCAGAUUCUGAGACAAGCAGAUACCUUGAAGGUGACUCUGUCAGAAUCAGGGAAGACAAUUUCUGAGUUGUGGGUGAGUCGACAGCGUCUGGAGGACCUGUACAAGAAGCUGCUCCUGCUGGACCUUGAAUAUGCCUUGGACAAAAAGGUGGAACAGGAUCUGUGGAACCAUGCCUUUAAGAACCAGAUUAAUAUAUUGCAAAUACAAGCCAAGGACAAACAGAACGUGAAGCGUGGAGAAAAUCAGGCCAGCUUGAAUCUUUUCUUAGAGACUGCCAGUGGAUUCUAUUUGCAGUUUCUACAACAAAUAUGUACAACCUUCAAGCUGGACUUACCAUUCAGGCGCAAGUCAUCUGCCUUUGGUGUGAUGAAAGAGAAGUGUUCCGUGAAGAACAAGAUAACCACACCUAAAAAGAGUUCCUGUCUAUAUGUGUGUCAGCACUGUUUAGUGCAUCUGGGCGAUAUAGCCCGGUAUCGACAGCAAGUUGAACAAGCACAAACGUUCUACAGGCACGCUGCCAAUCUUGUACCACAGAAUGGACAACCCUACAACCAGCUAGCAAUAUUGGAAGCAGCUCGAGGCAACAAGCUGUCCACUGUUUUCUACUACAUACGGAGUCUAGCAGUACGACAUCCAUUCCCUGUGGCUGCCACAAACCUGGAGAAGUUUUAUGUCAAGCUCACAAGAGAUAUUGGAGAUGUACGUGGGAAACUGUCCUUAAGUGAAGUGGUUAACUCCCUUUUGCAGUUCACUGCACUGAUUCACUUGACUACAGAUCUUAACAAAGCACAGAGUCUACGGGAUCACUUGUUAACAAGCCUACCGUCGCAUGUGACAUCACAGAGCCUUACAAGUACUGUGCUGCUGCAGAUGGUGGCAAUUAUUGUGUUCACUCUCAGCCAUGCACAGAAGAACAUCGGGGAUCAGGAUGGAGAAGACACUCAAUACAGUAGGGAAGAGGAACUUUGCCUAGAACUCAUCACAUCUUUCACAUUGAGUGUUCUGGAUGUCUUGUUGCAAGCAACUCCUAAACAGGAGCAGAAAGCAAGAGAGUUCUUCACCCUCACUCCCAUCAAAGUUCUACUUGAUUGGCUUCACCUCAAUCCUCAUGCAUUCCGGAAACCACAGCUGACUGAAUCAAGUUUGUGGAUGGGACUGGCAAAGCUUCUGAACAGCAUCCAGUCAGUUGGAGACAAGGAGAACCCAACUGAUAUGUCAAAAUUUGACGAUAUCCCUUUACCUGAAGACUGUGAUCUGCGCUGCUUUCAGCCAAUAGAGAAAGCCCACAGUGGCUACAGCUUCAGUCGAGUCCCAGUUGAUGGACUUCAGCUCAUGUUGCAGAUAGAAAUAAGAUGUCAUCGCUUGCUUAAUCAUGGUAAAUGGUUGGCUCAGCAAGUUGUGGGAAUGAAUUUACUGAACUGCACAACUUUAAAAUCUGGACGUCUUCAAUUCACAACACCAAGUAUUCAUGUGAGAACAGCUGAAACACACACAACUACUGGAAGUGAAAGGAAGUUUGGACGACAAAAUGUAGCUAUACAGGCUAUUAUUCAGAAGAAGGGAGAUCAUGAAGAAAGUGAAUCCAGACUCUUGACCAAACAGUUUCCGUCUACUGAAAAGGACACCAAAGGCCUCUCACAGACGUCAUCUGGACAAUCAUCACCAAAGUAUCUACUGGGCAUCCCCACAAGUGAACCUCAGUUUAUGAAGCAUGGUAGUGUGAAGACAGUUCCUAACCAACCAUUAUAUCAGAGAUACCCAUCUCCAACAAUUCAGCAGCAGCCUUCUUCUUUAGCUGGCCCUGGAAAGUUUGUGCCUAUGCCCCGGGCUAGCCCUUCUCCACAAGUCCAAAGUAAUUACACAGGCAGUACAGCAGCUACAACUAAUGUACAACUGUCCCACAUGCAUGAACAAUUUAACACUAAAGGCCACUCACCACCACCAAUGCAAAAGCAGCCAGGUGCUUCCAGUGUUUCACAGGGCCUUUCUCAUCAUACUCCAUCACCAAGACUGCCAUAUCCACAGAUAGACAUGUUCAGAAUGCAAUCACCAAGACCUGGUCUACCACAAAAUGUGACAGCAGCAGAUACUCCAACACUACCGCUGUCACCAGCAGCACAGCAGCAGUUGCGAGCAGCUUUGGCACAAGCACCUAUUCCUGGGCAGCCUUUCCAUAACAUGUCACCCAGUCAGUUACUCCAAGUUAUGAAGCUAGCUAACCAGAUGAUGACAACUGCAAAACAGACAAACUUAAACAGUCCUCCAAGUCAACAAUCUACAUUUUCUCAGGCUCCUGGAACAGAAAGAGUUCAAACAUCCCCUAAGGCUCAGACACAACACUCUGCAUCACCAAGGAUGCCAAAUUUUCCUACCUUUUCGGGAACACCUGGAUACUCAAAUGUCACAGGGGCACCAAUGAGACCACCACCUUCAUAUGGAACAUCAAACAUUGCCCCUCUCCAUAAAGAUCCUGGUCAGCAUCCAUUGAAUGCCGGGAUGUAUGGAGGUUUCAAUCCACGUACGAUACAGCCUCCUACUCCUGUCAUGAUGGAAGCAAGACACACUUCAACAUUUCAAGGUCAUGCUGAAGGUACACCAAAACCUGAGACGUUCAAUUCAGACAGGAGAGAUGGUCAGAAUGGAGGAGGAAAAGGAGUGCCUCAGCCACGAACAUACUCGCUUUUUAGUAGUUCUCCGUGGGAAGUACCAUCUUUGGCUGGUGGAGAACCUCGUAGUUUAGGUUCUUCCCCUUUCUCAUCAGCUUCAAGCAGCAUCAGAAACUCCCCAGAUCCUGAAAUUGUGCAAGCAGGCCAGACAACUUUUGAUGUAUGCUAUAGUGUACCUGAUGUUACACGCACAGGAGGCUCCCCCAGCACUCUUGGUACAGACAUUACACACCACCAGCAGUACAGUCAAGGGAACUUACAGUCAAUAUGGUCAACAUCAGGUCCAUCACCACUUGAACGGCUACUUGAACAACAGAAACAGCAGCGACAAGGUGAUCCUCAUUAGGACUUAGGGAUGACAACACUCCUUGUUGCCUUACUACCAAGGAGUUUUAAAGUGACAGUAUUCACCAACUGACUUCCUCGGGACUUCAGCAAAGCUUUGAUUUGAAAUAAAUUUCCAGAAACUA